GGCGGGCGGCACGGGACGGCACAUUGCCAUUGGCAGAGAGCGGGAGGGGCGGGGCCUGGAGCGAUGGCGGCGGCGGCGCUGCGGUCCCGGGGCGGCGGAGCGGUCCUGGCGACGCUGCUGCGGCCCCGGCGUGGCUACAACAGCACCUUCCGGGCCUCGGAGCUGGAGCUGGAGCGCUCGGGGGCCCCCGGCACCCCCCCAGCCCCCCAGGACCUGGUGUUCGGGAAGGUUUUCACCGACCACAUGCUGAUGGUGGAGUGGAGCCGGGACCGGGGCUGGGGGCGCCCCAAAAUCCGCCCCUUCCAGGAGCUGCGGCUGCACCCGGCCUCGUCCGCCCUGCACUACGCCGUGGAGCUCUUUGAGGGUCUCAAGGCUUUUCGGGGUGAUGACGACAAAAUUCGGCUUUUCCGCCCCGACCUGAACAUGGAGAGGAUGCAGAGAUCAGCCCGCAGGGUCUGCCUGCCCGAAUUCGACGGGCGGGAGCUGCUGGAGUGCAUCCGGGCGCUGGUGCGGCUCGAGGGGCGCUGGGUGCCCCGGGACCCCCAGAGCAGCCUCUACAUCCGACCCACCUUCAUCGGCACCGAG